ACGUGCACAGAGCUACUCAAGCUGUUUUGCCUUCUUCCUCCGUCAGUGGUUUUAGUCUGCGGUUGUGUGUUUAUUUGACUUGAAAUAUAAUGGCAGCAUCACAUUUUGUAUUUACAAGCUUUGCAGUCCUUGCCCUGAUAUCUCCUCUUGGUAAGUAACAUUGAACUGGUGAUUUGCUCUCUCACUGAAGACUAGAUAUUCAUGUCGUUCAUGCUCGGCGUAGCCAAUCGAAUGUUCGGUAGUCGAACCCAAUCAAUUUCCAGUCGUUCGAUUGACUUUGAUUGGGUUCGUUAAUGGAACUUAAUCGAACUCUCCCCAAAAUUUUACCAAUCAAGCGCAAUCGAACCCUGCAACAAUCCAACAUAAAACCACUUUCGAUUCUGUUCGAUUCAUCUGGUUUCAAACAAGGCGUUGCCUUCAAAUAAGUUAUGCAUUGGCUUCAAUUUCAAGCAUGAGUUCACUAUAUUGGUUAGUAUCCGAUCACUUCAGUGUAAAAUUGCAUAUUGCUUUCCUUUCUUAGUCGCAAGAGUUUUUGGCCCAGAGACAUUCCAUUUAGUCCUUAAUUUGACGAACAAAAAAUCUCGACAGGUAAGCGAUCUUAUAGGAUCCUGUUGCUCUUGCAAAGUAGUUUGACAUUCGAUUCUGGAAAUCUAAAUCGGCGUGGGAACCUAUCAUCGUGAAAAACAUUACAAAUGACUGGGGUAUGGUGGGGAACUGUCAGAACUGUGUGAGCGGCUGACAACUAAGGGAAAAUUUCCAUUUUGCUCCAAUAAAUUACAGUCAAACUUCCAUGUGUAACCACCUCCCAUCCAAAAUUUUCCCAGUCGAAGCCCGGUGUGCGACCGAAGCCCGGUGUGCGACAAACGCAGACUGCAGACUUGCAGACUGGCAGGUAAUCGAGGUAAACAUUGUUAUGGAAUGCUUUAACAGAUUUUCUACCCCUAGACUUUAAGUCUUUUAAAAGUUUAGUUUAGGGAUAGGGAAUCUGUUAGAGCUUUUCACAACAAUUUUUACCUCGUUUACCUGCUAGCUCUGCAAGUCUGCAGUCUGCGUUUGUCGCACACCGGUCAAAGCCUUACAGUUGGAACCUUUAGUAAACGACCACCUGCUAGCUCCUGCUGUAAGCGACCGCGACAACUUUUUGGGCCUCAUUGUUUAUGAUUUUCCUUUGUUUUUAACCUCUCGUAAGCGACCACUUCACGCAUUCUCUGAUUCUCUGAUCUAUAUGUUCGCUGUGUGCAAUAUGCUACUUAGAAUAUACAAAGAACUUUAGUGACAAAAUAGAACGACGCGCAAAGUAAAUGUGCCGGGACCUCUUCUCGGAAGAGGCCUUGUGGUUCGAUUCUUGUUAAGUGAGUGAGCGCUAGAGUACAAGCAUUCUCUCUUUUUUUCUUGGUUCUUCGAGCAAAAUUGGCUCAUGGCUGGUUAAUAUAGUGUGAUGACGUCAGUCAGGUCGUCGUACACCAGCCAUAAGCCGCAAAAUGCGUGAGACACGCAUGGCUGAAGGGGCAAGAGUAGUCUCCUUCGCAGCCGUUAUUAGGGUCGUCACUCGUCACGCAACGCUCCUGGGGAGGAGCGUUGCGUGACGAGUGACGACCCUAAUAACGGCUGCGAAGGAGACUAGGGCAAGAGCGGAAAGGGAAAGGUCAAUGUCCAGACAAGAAUGUUGUAUUGCGCUGCAAGCGUAUCGCACUCUGCACCACAACACACACACCAAGCAUUCGAUGCUACAAAGGUUGAGGUAGAACACACAAACGAAAGUCGCAUGUGAAUAGUAUUUGAAAUCGGUCAGUGUAAAACGCAGACUGCGGACUGCAGACUGCAGACUGCGGACCAGGGGUAAAAUGCAGACUGAGUGUAAAAUGCAGACUGCAGACUGAGAGUAAAAUGCAGACCGAGCAUAAACUGUAGUUGUGGAAAGGUUUAAGGGUAAAAAAAUCCCGGGAGGAGAGGAAGGUGGAUGCCACCCCCAUAAGGUUUUUCUGAGUUUUUUCCUAGAGGAUAAAACAUCAGCACCUCGCGUUCUCAGUAGUUGUUCGUACGUCCCUCGUGCAGAUUUUGAAAUAAGUUUACUGACAGAAUUUACUAAGGUCAAGAGCAAUUAGAGCAGUAAAUCUUGUGGCUAAAAUCAUGCAAAGUGCUUAUUUAUGUGUUAUUUUUCAUGUAAAGCACAAAAAAUUACCAUUUCUCACGGUUUUAACCUGAUUUUGAAUUCUUGGUAAAAUCCAAGAUGGCGACUAUUGUUGGUGACGUCAGAGGUCUCCAGCAGCUCCACCACCCAUAAAACCUUGAAACCUUGUGUAUGGCUCAGUGUCAUGCAGCAAAUACAGAAACACCAAAUCAAUCGUCAAUGACCUGCUCGAAAGUUUACUCUGUUGGAUCAAAUCUCACAGCAUUAAAAACUUACAACAACGGUGUAAGCGGCAGACCUCUGCUUGUAUGAUGAUGGAAGAUCCUUAUCCAAAAUUUUUAAGAGCUCAGUAAGCGAGUCUUUUUCAUAAGGCGACUAAACUCAAAUCAGUCCCUAAGGUACGGAAUUUGUUGUACGUGUAUAUUACGUGGAUUGGGGUAGUUUAUUUUUCUCUUAACUCUCUUUUGCGCAGUAGUCUGUCUUUUUCAGGUAAUUUCAAAACGGUCAGUGUAAAACGCAGACUGCGGACUGCAGACUGCAGACUGCGGGCCAGGGGUAAAAUGCAGACUGAGUGUUAAAUGCAGACUGCAGACUAAGAGUAAAACGCAGACUGGGGUAAAAUGCAGACCGAGCAUAAACUCUAGUCGUGGAAGGGUUUAAGGGCAAAAAAAUCCCGCAAACUGACCUGUAAACGAACACUUACUUGAUGACAUCUGCUUUCACAAAUCCAUUCCUUUCUUCUCUGGAACGUCGUGGACGACCCGAAAACAUAAUCGCAAUCUUGAACCUUUUUUCCAUCCGAGAGACUUCACGCUUCAAUUUUUGAUGCGAAGUUUUCGAUAUACGUGACCAGGGACCGUGAACUGGUACAACACCAACACCACGAUGUUUACGCUUAAAUGAAAGCUGCUGACCCAAAAUACUGUACAGGAAUUAUGGCGAUAAAAACGGGAGUAAGUCAUUCCAACAACAAAGAAAGAUGUUCUGCAGGAAAUUUGGAUGACCUUCCAUGAAAGUAUUGCAAAUCAAGGUACGCAGACUUAACCUGUUUGGAUGUUCAUUGAAACUUCUGGCGAAUGUGCAAUUCACUUCGACUAGAAAGCGAAGUGUGUAACUGAUACCGGCUAGCUAUUUCACCGAUUUGAAGAAGUAGGAGCACAAAUGUUUAAAAAUGUCUACAGUCUUUAUUCUGCAUUUUACCCCAGCCUGCGUUUUACUCUUAGUCUGCAGUCUUCAUUUUCCACUCAGUCUGCAUUUUACCCCUGGUCCGCAGUCUGCAGUCCGCAGUCUGCGUUUUACACUGACCGAUUUCAAAAUCAGUGGAUAUGGUCGUCAUGAAAAACCGUUAAACAAGGUUUAAACCUACCUGUGAGCAGGUUUAACUUUCUAUUGUUCCUUUAGUCGGUGCCUAGACACGAUCUAAACAAGGUUACGGAACAACAGCGUUAAAAUAAUUGGCAUUUUUGGUUAAAACAUGGGGUAGAAGGUGACUUUCUUAACGCUGUUCAAACUUGGCUUAAAUAACCGGCCCAUAGAUUUUAGUUAAUUCCAGGUUAAUCAAAAUAUUUUUGUUUUAAAACUGCUUCACAUUCACACUAUAUACUUGAGAGAGAAUUUUCCGAUUCAAUUGAAACUGGAUGCGUUUUGUCUUUCUGCCUACCAAAAUAGAACUAAUCGCGUCCGUUGAGUUCGGCAAUAAAACUCACGAGUUCGAUUAAUCGAACUCACCAAAACGUUCCAGUUGCCAAACCAAUCAAACAACAAUCCAACCAAUUGGGUUCGAUUGAUAUUUCGGUCCGGUUUCGUUCGAUUAGCUACCCCAGGUUCAUGGAAUACCAGAAUACUGAUCGGGAGUUGAGAACCAAGUUUAUCUCAGUAUUUAGAAAAGCUACAAUCGGCGACAAAAUGAGUUGAGACACUUCGCCUAAAACUGGGCUUUUCAAGUUACCUUUUAAUAACUUCAAAAGGAGGAAAUAUAGCUUUCCUCCCCCAUCCCCUCCAUGCAAUAUUGUGCCGAUGUUCGAACUACCUAUAUAGAAACCAACAAACACCACAACUUUGAAUGGAGGGGACAGGGAAGGGGUGUGGAUUAUUUUGUUCUCUGCAGUUACCCUAUUUGAGUACAAUGUCGCAACAAUUUUGUCGCCGAUUGUAGCUCUCCCUCUAUUUGAUUAUAUAUCUAAAUAAAAAGUAGAUCUCUUUCCGUCUAAAUAGGUACUUCAACAGAGUACAAGUGAUCAGAGAGUAAUCAUCAGUAUACGUAUGCGAGGUUCAGCUUUAGGACAAACGGAACGUAAAAAAAAUUUCCAUUAAUCAAGUGGCAGUAACGGCCGCUUUUGGAGCUGCCUUUCACCUAUCAAUGCUUAACCAUAAGUGGAUUGCAGAUCGAUGACUCGAAAAAUUCUUGCCUGUGAAUACAACCAAUUCUCCUCUAGACUAAGAACAGUCUCUCUUUUUCUUCAGAGAUUUAAUUAUGAGUCAUGGGAGUGCCCCUUUCGUUUCGCACCAUCCUCCACGUACGUGUUCAUUUUUGUGUCUCGCUCGACGGACUAAGAAAAAAGAGAGACUGCUCGUAGUCUAUCUCUCCUCUCUCCUCGCCGCUACGAAUAUUUCUCUCGUCUUGCAAAACCAAAACGUCCUAAACGGCGAGGAGCGAGAAGAGGUGGCCUAGGGAGGGUACUUUAAAUUUCAAGUGACAGAGAUGAUCGAAUGGGGGCAAGAAGAGAAACACAAAAAGAUCUGUGGACCAAAAUUUAACCCCCAAAAAAUCCCAUGCUGAAGGUUACAAACACUGACGAAAAUGAACGGCUUUGAAAAACUGUUAAGCUGGGACAAGUUUCCAAAGACCGCAAUUGCAAUCAGUCUUCUUUAAUCUUCUUCCAUGACGUCUGUUUGUUUUUCCGCGCCUCCUUUUAAUGUUUGGAGGUGCUAUUUUUAUAUUUUUCUCAAUUCUUGGAUUGCAGCCAAGUGACAAGGCGGCUAUGUUGGCACCAACAUGGCCGCCGUGACGUCAUGUGCAAACCAGUAGGAGAAUUUUCAUCGAUAUGCUGCACCUCUAUGGCACACGCGGGGAAUACUAAGAUAUGGGAGAAAAUAAUUUCGGCGUAUGCGAAGAUGUGCAGCAUAACCGGGUUUUCGUCGCUGAGGGGAGGUGGGAGGGCAAAAAACGCAAGUAUAUAUGCACUCUCGGGGCAUGAACGCAUAGAAAAGCGAUCUGAUCAGUGAUCCUGAUGUUGGCAAAGCAUUUGAAUACCACGCUCAAUACCCAGGGGUAAUGCAAUGGUCCCUGGAGGGAAAACGUGCUAAAUCAUGUGGCCCGCGUGCCUAUUUCGGCGUAAACAUAUCAAGGAAAAUAGCAAUUUGGUGGCAGCUCUCACUGUUUGAAUUUUGAUAAAUUUCGUGACACAGCUCCUUUAAGUUAACCCUGUAAGUCCCGAGACUGACCAAAAUAAAUGUUCUCCUAACGAUACCCUAACAUUGUCAAGAGAUUAGGUUAUGAGAAGUAAUAAAAUGAUCACCAAAAAGAAAAUGCCUUGAUCAUUUACCAAGUUCUCUCAACUCCUUCUUUAAGGAAAUUUAUGGAGAUCAGUUUGAAGAACUUGUAUGUGGAUGUUGGGCUUAGAGAGUUAAGCACAUAGCCUCCCACCAAGAGAGGAUAAAGGGGACAGAGAAGGCAUCCCCCAUACACACCCUAUUCCAUAGGUAGUUCGUCUCGAGUUAUUUUUAAGACCAUAAAUCCCAAGGGGGAUUAGACAACAGCCAAUCAUAUAGCGCGAAUGUGUUCCGCGUGGAUGACCCACGCUCAGAGCCAGGCGUCCUUCACGAAUUGACGUAGAAAAACUGGCGGAAGACGCAGAGAGCGAUAUUAGUAUUUGUUUUGUCGACGAAAACGACUAAAGAGAGAUUUCUGCUAAAGCUGUGUCAGCGAAACGGAAAAUAAAAGAGAAUCGCCCUUCCUCUCUUGUAUAGAGCUAACAGUACAGCAGGGAAAUCCUUAACACACUGAAUAUUCUCUCAGGAUCAUUUAUAAUUUACAGUUUGAAGAGAGCAAUUUCUGGUUUGAUAUUUAUUCCUUUAUUAGUCUUUUAUUAUUCAACANGAAUAUUCUCUCAGGAUCAUUUAUAAUUUACAGUUUGAAGAGAGCAAUUUCUGGUUUGAUAUUUAUUCCUUUAUUAGUCUUUUAUUAUUCAACAAAAAUAACACUUGGCGUCCUACUUGCUUUAUUAUACAAACGACCGGUUUCAAUAGACCGGCGAAAUUUCUCAUUUUAUUGAAGCACUGAGGUUAAGACAACUUCGAGUUAAACUGAUUUCACGGUUGUCAAAGAGUCCAGCGAUUCCCUUUUCCUAGGUAAGCGCAGACUUCAAUAUUCAGAAAUGCUCUCGAUCUCUUUGCGCUUUCAUUGCCUUUCGCCCGACAUGUUUUGCACAGUGUUUAGUUAUGCGCAACCUCCACGAAACAUCCACGCAGCGCAAGAGGCAUUUAUAUCCCAAUUCUAAAAGUAACUCGAGACGAAUUACCUUGGAAAUAGGGUGUGUAUGGGGGAUGCCUUCUCUGUCCCCUUUAUCCUCUCUUGCCUCCCACGUAGACGUUCUUGGGGGGUCGUCACGCGUUCCUGCCCCACCAACGUCUGCUGAAACGAAGAGCCACUUCCGCUCUUUGGCUGUUUUCUUUUGUUUUAAAGAAACCAAUCAGCAUUGACUAAUUGUGACGCGUGAAGCCAAUCACAUGCUGUGAAGGAAGGGAAAUCGACACGUGUGGUUUACCUCUGGAGUAAAUUUCGUGAUAACAAAAAUAACUAAACCAAAAUAUCCAUCUAUUUUUGGUAAGGACAAGGUUCGAUUUUUGAUUCAGUGCCAUCGACGUUAAAGACCUAAUCAAUACCGUGAUUGACAAGCGAUCUUUUCAUCUGCAAGGCGCGAGGCCUGCACAUGUUUUCCAUCGUUGAGUACAAACUGUACCAAUCCGAUAUUUGCGCGCUAUGGAAAAAGAUACAAAUAACCGUUAAUUUUAUAAGUACAAAAAGUCUGAGAGGGAGUUUCUCGUUAGACUAAUUGGUAAAAUCCCAUACCGUCUGAAAAAUCGGCCUGUCACCCCUUGCAGGUUCAACUUCAAACAUUUCUUUGCUUCGUACACUCCUUGCAUUUUCUUUACUGAUAUCACUUAGCGAAGCGACAAGAAUAUCAAGAUUUGCCAGCUUAUCGACCUGGUCUUUGUUACUAUUUACAAGCGGCGAAACCACAACAACAACAUGGCCAGAAUGUUUAAAAAUUGAGUCGAAAACAAACGGUAAAGCUUGCUAAAUAUGUGACCUUGCACAUCCAGUUGAAAGAUUUACAAACACAUCAAUCUUCUUCUGCAAAAAUGGGCAAUGGUUUUCUUAUGAUACCGUUUCAACGCCCUAAUGCCAAACGUUUCGGACAUCAACAAGGUACCUAACCUUUUUUAGCAAACGCAAGUUUACCCAAAGUUGGAAAACAGCCUUUGAUUGGCCCUAACAACGUCUGCGUGGGAGACUAUUAAGCAUAAAGUCUACUGUAGAAGCCAAGCGGCGCCCCACGUCUGUGGGGCAAAAACUCUUGACGAACCCCUAACAACGUCUGCGUGGGAGACUAUUAAGCAUAAAGUCUAUUGUAGAAGCCAAGCGGCGCCCCACGUCUGUGGGACAGGAACGCGUGACGAACCCCUAACACAUUUGCGUGGGAGGCUUCUUAAAGCCGUGAGGAAAGGUGGUAUCCUUUGCAGCAAACUGAGGUAAAGAUUUCUUUUUUUCUCUUUAUCGUUAGCUUUUGCUCUUGAAUGCUACGAGUGUGGCCCUCCGGGAUCCAACUGCAGUAGUAACCGUUUGGGCAAGGUGACAUGUGGAGUGUAUUUCAAUCGCUGUGUCACCAUUAAGUACACAUUGGAUGUGGGAUUUGGGCCGAUGUCAGUGCAGAUGAGAAACUGUUCAAAUAGCAUGGCUUGUGACCCACAAAGCGGCCUUAAUAGUAAGUGUAAACCUUUUGUAUAAACUUGAUGAGGGUUACCUUUUAAAGCACUUCAGAGUUAGUCGAUCCCAUGCAAUACAUGAUAAACAUACUCUAUUCCAGCUCAUUGAUUUCUCUUUGCAAGUACCAGUGUUUUUUCUUACACGGUUAACUCAGAAAUUCACAUUUCCCUCCGUAAAUGUAUAAAGGUACAUUCCGCUAAGCUUCGAAUGAGACUGACCUAUUGCUAACCCUAUCUUUUUUGUAAAACAGACUAAAAUAGUCACUCUGUUAUGUUCCUUAUCCCUAGGACUUACAGGGAAGGGGGAGGGGUGCAAGGAUGGGUGCUACUCUCGGGCACCGUAUCCAUUUCAGCUGUUCGUUUAUUAUUGAGACACAUGUACUGAAAAAAAUAGUCCGCCAUGUUAAAUGACGUCACUGGCCCUGGCAGCGCCGUUUGCAUAUGUAUCCGAUAAUAUUUACAUCAUCUUUUAGAUGACAUAACACUGAACACUGAGGCUGCUUAUUAAGAGUAGAGGGUCGAGGGGGGGGGGGGGGGGGGGGGGGGGGGGGAAGUGUGUCCUUCUUGUGUUUUUGGUCGUUUGUUUUUUUUAACUGCAAUAGUCAAAAAAAAAGUGACUCGUUGAUUUUGAAGCGCCUCAGGGCCCGGGUGUGGUGUUUUUUUAUUUGUUUAAUAUUUUUUUUAUUUUGUUUUGAAGAGAAGCUAGAAGUGUGGGGGGGGGGGUUUGAGAAAGGGGGGGGGGGGGGGGGGGGGGGGGGGGGGGUGUGGAGGUCGAACGAACAAAGGCGAAAAUCAUUUUCUUGUUCUCUUUUGUGGUGUAUGAGUUCGCAUGUAAGUCCGAGGUUUGGGACAUACAAUAAUAUUUUCUCUGUUUGGUAGGUGUUUGUUGGCGCUGCAUUGCACAAUUUGUUUUCAUCCGGAUGCACUUUUGAUUCUUCUUUGCAGCAUGCACUUUGGUGAAUAUCACCGGACUCCUAACAAGUUGCGAGCUCGCUUGUUGCCAAGACAACUUGUGUGACCCUUCAGCUCCGACAUCAGCCCCGACAAGUGCUUCGCUUGCAUUGGUUUCAAAUGUUUGUGCCAUAUUGUUGGCUAAUGUCCUGA